ACUUCAAUUUACACUGCGCACGACACAGAUAUUGUUUGUUGACACACCUUUGGACUAUCUUAUUUAUACUCGUAAAGUAACAGUGAAUCUCACAUUAUGUCAGGCCCACCACCACCCUAUCCAGGAGAAAAAGGUCAAGAAGCUGGAUACCCACCACAACCUCAACAAGGUUACGGACAGCCUCCUCCACCACAGGGAUACCCACAAGCAGGAUAUGGUCAGCCUCAACCUUAUGGACAUCCAGGCUAUGCAGGUGGUUACCCUGCCCAGCCAGGUUAUGGACCACCACAACAGGGAUAUGGACAACCUCAACAAGGAUAUGCACAACAACAAGCUCACACUACAGUAGUUGUAGGACAGCCCACCGCCACAGUUUUGGUCCAACAGUUCCGUGAAGCUCCAGUUAAUACAGCAUGCCCACAUUGUCGUGCACAAGUUAUAACAGCCACCCAGUAUGAGACUGGUACCUUUGCCUGGAUCAUAUGUCUGGUUUUGUGUAUUGUUGGAUGUGAUCUUGGAUGUUGUUUUAUCCCUUUCUGUGUGGAUGGUUGUAAAGAUGUCAUCCAUACUUGUCCAAGUUGUCGCCAGACAAUUUCUAGAUGGAACAGAAUGUAAACAAACCAGCCAAUUGAUGAUGAUUUGACUUUGGACCAGAAUGAUGAAGGAGAAGAUGCAAAUAAAGUACAAUAUUAGACGUUAUGCUUUUAUUAAUUUUAUUGUGCAAAUUUUGUUGUGAAAUGAAACAUUCCAUUUUUCUGUUUAAAUGAGAAAUUUAAGAUUUAAAUUUUCAUUGACACUAUUCUUUAUGAUAUUAUCAUGAAUGGUAAUUCUAUGAUGUAUUGAAUGGCUUAGUUUUACAUUUUUACAUGGCAUAUUUAUGUUUUUAAAACUAAAAAGAUCUGAUGAUUUUAUAAGGUGUAGUGCAUUAGUUUUUUUAAUCACAUAGAAAUAUCUAGAAUUUUUUCAGAGAUCAUCAUCCUCUACCCCUGCAAAGAGAUUUUGGAGGAUAAAAGGAAUCAGACUGUCAUUUGUUCCUACAAAAUUAUUUGUUUGUAUAACUAAAAUAAUGUCAUUUAAACUUCAGAAUUUUGGGACUUACAUUUUAUUUUUUAAUAUCAUGUGUCAAAGUCAAUAUUCUUAUAAAAUUCUUUUUUUUUUUAAAGAAUAUUGCAAAGUUAGCAAAUACCUAAGGCAGGUGUCAAUGCUGAAUGUAUGUGCCACCUAAAAUUUGCUUUUCAAAUUUAUGGGUUUGACCAAAGCGUUAUGAGAUUAUUAAACUUUUAAAAAAUAGGUGGUGGUUGCAUUUCAUCUCAUAUAAAGAUUUUUUUCUUUUAUUAAAUCAAGGUUUUUUUCAGUUCAGAUUGAAUUACUUUAAUUCCUCAGCAAACAAUCAAAAUCAUGGUGGAAAUAAUGGCAGAAGGUAUGCAGGGACUGGGCUUUUUUUUAUGGUUUCAGGUUUGCUGAUUUAAUUGUUAGAAAUUUUAUAAUUUUUUAUUGAAACGCUCUCAAUGUUAAUUUUUGACAAGUUUUGGUCUAUUCACUAAUCUUGUCUGCAAAACAUAAUCAAAAUCAUUUGUUUUUAAUCAUUCAAUAUAUUACAUAUAUGAUGUUAUUUGAAAUGCAAUUUAACUAAUGCAAACAUUAUGUAGAUAUUAUUUUGUUGUUGUUGAAAAAUGUAUACUAUUAUAUUAUAACUUCACUUUCAUAUAAAUGCGGGGUAUUUGUCAAUGAGACAGCAAACCAAUGACACAAAAAAAUCAAAACACAACUUUCCACUUGGAAAUUUUGUAUUCCAUUUUACUAUAUUAGAUGUACUUUCAAAUUAAAAAGAUAUAUUUGCUACCUUAAGAAAUGCAUGUUUAGAAAUUCAGAUAUGCAAUAGAUGAAAGGUCAGAAUAGAGAAUAAUGGACCAAUUUACUACAAAAUAAUAGGCAAAAAAUACAAAGAAUUGAGAAAAAAUAGACAAUUUAAGUCAAAUAAAUAAUAGAGAGGAAUGGGAUGUUAAAAUAUAAAGAAUAAAGGGCAAAAGUAUAAAGAAUAUAGAAAUAUGGCUUAAAAAAUUUAAGGAAUACAGAAUUGAGGCACCCCAUCCAGACCCUAACAGACUGUAACAUAUUCAAGUAUAAGUACAAAAGCAAAGUGAAAAGUUGGUAAUGCCAAAACACUCAAUUAACAGGGCCUGGUGAUGAUAUUUAGUUUGACUGGUUCCUGUCCUUUAAAGACCUUCUUCAGAGGCAGAAUGAGAAUAUUUACAUAGUAUUUGAUAGUUAUCUAUAUUCUAGAUAAUUAUCCUGAUUUUUAUUCCAGAUAAGUACAACUUCUGAUAACAAAUUUAAGAUGAGCCUUUAAAUUCAGCAUUAUUUUUAUUCUACACACUAUAGGCCAAAACAGUUGGUUGUUGUAAAUAUCUUUUUAAUUCAUGUACCAUAUUCUUUUACAUCUUUCUUCUUUUUAAAAAGGUCAUGUUAUUAUAUGUCAGUUUUAGCCAAAAUAUUUUAACCAGUGAUUUGUAAACACCCCUUUCACUUGGAAACUUUGAAAUCCAUUUUGACUAUUACUAUCGAAAUGUAAGAUGAUCCUACUCAUUGAAUAGGAUGGUUUGUUAUUGUAACCAGCAUUGAAUAGGAUGGUUUGUUAUUGUAACCAGCAUUGAAUAGGAUGAUUUGUUAUUGUAACCAGCAUUGAAUAGGAUGGUUUGUUAUUGGAACCAGCAUUGAAUAGGAUGGUUUGUUAUUGGAACCAGCAUUGAAUAGGAUGGUUUGUUAUUGGAACCAGCAUUGAAUAGGAUGGUUUGUUAUUGUAACCAGCAUUAUGAAUUUUUGGUAUUAUAUUCAACAUUAAACUAUUUAUUUAAAUUCAGCAAGAUGCCUUUUGUAUAUAAUUUCCAUUAUGAAAUUCAUUUGAAGACAGCAUUAUAAUUCUUUUUCAAUUUCAAUUCAAUAUAACAAUGCCUGUCCAAUGAAAAAGCAUGUAAAUUAAUAAAUAGACUACAGGUAUAUAUACGAGGGUGUGGAUGGGGGUUUACAGAAUAGAGAAUAAUGGGCGAAAAAAUUAAAGAAUAGAGAAAAAUGGACCAAAAAAAUAAAGAAUAGAGAAUAAUGAGGUGCUAAAAUACACAGAAUAGAGAAUAAUGAGCAAAAGUAUAAAAAAAUAAAGAAUACACAAAUGAAUAUGCAAUCCCUUGAUCCUGUUGAAUAGUAAAUUGUAUCAAGGUCUGCUGAACCCUAUAAAAGGUUAUUCAGAAGACCUUGACUUUACAAGAAAGAAUGCUACCUACACAUUUCUUUGAUAUAGAUUCACAUGCAUAAAUUUUCUGUAUCCAUUGCUUGUAAAAGACACAAUAAAGUGGACAUGGAGAGACGCUAAGACCUAUAUGAACAUUCAACCUAACAAGGUUUCACCCAUUCUUAUUAGAAAUAGAACAUUCAAAUGAAGAUAUGGUUAUAUAUAAUCAGAUUGGUUGUCAGUUGUUGGUCCAGAGGAGGGUGGCAUAGAAGGCCUACCCCCCUUUUUGAUUGCCAAAAAAAAAAUAAUCUCAUGUUUCUCAUGAUUUAUAUGAUUUAUAGCCAUAAAAUUGUCCAUUUGAUUUUUAUAUAUUCCAUUUUCUGAAAUUACUCCCCCUUUCAAAAAUUUAGCAUCCGCACCUGGUUGUUGUAUUGAAUGCAAUAGCAUAAAAAUAAAUUGUAUAUAACAAAGCCACAUUUUAGUGACCUAAUUAUUAAUUCUGAAACUGUGCUACUUUUGCUAUCUGUCACUAACAUUUAGAUGUGUUUAUGUCUUAAAAGUGAUGAUUUUUUUUUGCAUCCAUUUUACAUAAAAAUUCACAAAUUUGACCAAAAAUAUUAUUGAUCUCAAGGUUAUAGUAUUAAAAAGCAUUGCAAUGUAAGACAAAUAAUCAAAUCUAAUGUACAUCUUUUUUUUAGUUCUCAGCUAGAAAAAAGGAUAGAAAUAUCUUGCUUGGAGGCAUUUAAUUGCUUUUCACAUCUCAUAGAAAUGAGUUUUAAAUUCCAAAGACAAUGUAUCUUUACAAAGUGAGAAAUUUAAUUUGUGAUGUAAUUUGACAUACAAAACAACGGUGCCACCUAGUGUGGAAGAAUGGAUAUAAGUGAAAUCAACAGAAAAAGAAGUGUAAUGAUCCAGAUUUUAUCAAUUGGAUGUUGAGCGCCCAUUGAUAUUUUUUAUGUUUGCAAUGUUUUAAAAGAAUCUGUAUUUUAUACCCUGUUAAAAAAUUUUAGUACCAAUAGUUGAUUGUUUUAUUUGACAUAGAAAAAUAUUAAUGUUUUUUUUAGUUUAAUUAUGAGAAAAUGAUCUAAAUUAUGUAACUUGAAUGUCAGUUGAUGCAAAGAAUUGUUCAUGUAUAACAAUAAAACUAUUAACCCACAA